GUCAUUAAAUUCAUAGUUAUUUUAUAGUGCUACAAAAAUGUUUGAGGUAAAAAAGAGUGUGAUGGACAUAAAAUAUACCCCAGAUACAAGCUGCAGAUGGAAGUCUUACGGCAACUACAGAAUGAUCAUAUGGGCCUGGAUGGUAAAUGAAGUGGGGCUCAUGUUAAUAGCGACGGAUAUAUCUCACAGUGGCUUCUACAUAUACGCAAUGUUACAUAUCCUUUCAGUUAUAUUCAUAGGAAUACCACUCAUCUAUUCCGAAAUUUGUUUGUCUCAAUACACAAAUAACGGAGUCAUAUCAAUAUGGAAUUUUCUACCGAUUCUCCGACCUGUCGGUUAUGUAUUUGGUGUUAUAAUUGAAUUAGUAAUUUAUUAUCGCCAUGGCAUGAUCCGGGAAGUUUUUACGCCGAGCGAAGAUUGGGGGCCGAGUGAUAGGAUUUUGUUUAAAAGUAGAAAUAUGUUUGUGCCCGAAAUAAUGACUAGGGAAUUCCUGUACAGACAGGUUCGGAUACACGGGUAUUCUAGAAGGCAAAAAGCUGCGGUCCGACAGAAGCAAAUAGAGAAUCUAGUUACUGAUUCGUCAAGUGACGGGACGGAGUGGAGUGCCAUGACUUCGAAUUAAAUGGAUUGUUACCUGGCUCUUCAUGGGGUCUGUGUUUAUCUGGCACAUGUAUUGACCCCGGUCCUCCUCUUGA